CUCAUAUUCAGCUUGAGGUGGUCGUCAUUUGAUUACAUUAAUUAAUUCUCCGACUUCCUUCCUCCCUCUCUUUUCUUUUUAUCCUUUCUCCAUCUCACCCCAAUCCAUAAGAAACUUCUUCCUUUGACUUCAACAUACCAAGGAUAACCCGUAUCGUGAAACUUUCUCUUCUCUUCUGUCUCACCAAUCAUGAUCUCCUAGUUCAGCUGGCCAAAAAGGGCAAUUCAUAUCCUCGUAUCGUCGACUAUCGGUCAGUACCGACUCGCUCGGUAUUCCGCUCCAGCUCCAGCUGCGCUACGCUCUCUUGAGCCUCUUCUACAACGCUGCCCCUCCCCGCGAAACACAAACAGCCUCACCCAGAAAAGACACCGACUAAAAUAACCCAUCAUACGUCACUCCCCAGCAACGCAGGGCGCCCGACCUUCUAUCAUUUCUCUCCACACGAGCCCGUGCCCAAAAACCAGUCCAAAGCUAAGCUGGGCAAACCUCUUUGACGAGAGACGACUGGACCCUGGCGUUCCUUCGUCUGAUCUCGUGAUUACUUGUGAUCAUUUUCUCUUUUGUGCCUGCCAGGCUUCUCGUGAGCCUCUCUCUCUCGCGACACCUGCUGGGACGACUCCUCCAUCAUCCUCUCCCGAAGCUGCGCGGCCGUGUUAUUAUACCUUCACGCACUUCAUCUGAUAUCCGCCAUGGACGUUUUUGCCCCAAAAGACGACCAAUGCGAUCGGCUUAAGACGCCCUCGUAUCUUGAGCUUGUCGUUUCUAUCGUCCUCUUACUCGGCAUUCUCGUGUCUUACCUCCCUCAGCAUUAUCGCAUUAUCUCCCGAGGCACCUCCGAAGGCAUCUCACCUUACUUUGUAUUGCUUGGAACCACUUCCGCUACUGCCGGUUUCGCCAAUAUCCUUACUGUCCCACCGUCUCGUGCUGCCAUAGGAUGCUGCAAAGAGCUCGGUAGAUUUGAGUGCGCCGCCGGUCUGCUCGGCGUUGCCCAGCUAGGCGCUCAAUGGGUUUGCUUCAGCCUCAUUCUUGUCCUUUUCCUCAUCUUCUUCAGAUAUAGAGAAGCCAAUGUUCCACCAGAGGAUCUUCGUGGCGAUGCACCUAGAUGGCAGACCGCUGUCAUGGUUGGACUGCUCUGUGUCCUUCACGGCCUCAUUGUGGUUAUCCUGACGGGUGUCUUUUUCAUUGCUCUGCCCGAUCAUCUCGUUUUUUGGGCCAACUUCCUGGGAAUCAUGGCCACAGUUCUGGCCGCUAUCCAAUACGUGCCUCAGAUCUGGAUGACAUACCAUUUGAAACAUGUUGGCAGUCUGAGCAUCCCAAUGAUGUGCAUCCAGACGCCCGGUGGCUUCUUAUUCGCAGGAAGCCUUUUUGCCCGUCUGGGCUGGGAAGGAUGGAGCACAUGGUUCAUUUACUUGAUCACUGCAUCUAUGCAGGGAUCAGUCCUCUUCAUGGGCGUUUAUUACGAAUACAUGGCGCGGCAGCAUGGCGGUCAUGCCAACGGCCACAUCGACAGCGCACCACACUCACCUGUGCAAUACUCGAGCGCGCCCCGAAGGCCCCCGCCAGGCAGCAGGACCUAUUCUGAGGGCUGGGAGCGCGGUCUCCCAGGACCUUUCACCGGUCACCCGGAGAGAUACGCGGAAACGGAGGAGGACCUGCACGAUAUCCAAGAGAGAGAAGAGCGUGCUAUCGAGCGGGAGAGCCAACCGUUGUUAAAGCCCGGCGGUAUUGGCAACCCUCACAGGACAUACGACGCCACCGCCGAACACUGAGGAAUUCACCUCUCUUACCUUACCUUAGACAACAAGACGAGUUCAGGGUCAACAGCGUGCAUGUGAUAUACCAUAAUUAUUUGAGGUAUUUUAUUGGUAUUUAGUGAUUACCUAGGAUUGCAUACUUUUUAGAAAUGUACAUUUUCUCCUUCUUCUCAGCCGAGACGUCCGAGUUUGACUCAUUGAAGAUAUUACGCCGCAAGGUAUGUGUGGGGGCCUUGAUGACUCGAAGUCAGCCCGUCCAAGGUUGAGAGGAUGCUUGUCGACAGCAUUCCUUGUCUCCCUACGCGAGAUAAAGAGUAAUAUCAAAUCCCGAGCCAGCUGGUUAGGAUGAAAUCAUGGUACUUCAAGUCAAUGUUGAGAUAUUGCGUUCUACCAAUGAAGCCUUGAGUAGCGGUCAUUCUCAGCAUCAUCAGCUUCUCAUUACAGAAUCGAAGAAGCCUGGUGCCUGGGCCCUAUCAUGGCCCUAAAUGCCCCCC